AUGAAUCAAGGUCUUCUCACUCAAAAAGCACUCGAGUCAAUACGGGCACUCGACGAGAACAAAAAUCAGAAGCUAUGGACCCUUUCCUCGAUCCGUUUACAAACUGCUUUAAUGUUGUGUCUAUCGAUGGCUUGCAAUGGAUUGAUGAGAGGAAGCAUGUCAUUGGCUAUUGUUUGUAUGGUGGCCAGAAAACUCCCUUCAUUCGAAGAAAUUCCACAAAACUCGACAAGUCUACUAGUUGAAGGCAAAGAAGAUUCAUUCAAUCGAGAAUUCCAAGUGGAUUGGUCAUCGGAAGAGCAGGGACAUGUGCACACUGCUUUUUACAUCGGAGCCUUUAUCGCAAUCUUGGCCACCGAUUGGAUCAUUAGGAAAAUGGAUCCUCGCACCAUCCUUUCUUUUGCUCUUCUCCUCAAUGUAAUCGGUGCCUUCCUCACUCCAUUCACCGUCAUUUUUCUCAAAAUUCACUUCUAUGUGGCCGCUCUUCGGUUCAUGAUGGGUUUUGGAAGUGGUCUAAUCGCUCCAUGUGGCCUCUUUAUCAUCUCAAAAUGGUUCCCAAUCACUGAAAAAAGCACAGCUGUUGCUAUUUUCACUACUGGAAAUCAGCUAGGCGUCGCUCUGUCGAUGGUUCUCACGGCAAAACUCUGCCAGCUUUCCUGGGGUGGAGGGUGGCCGAAUGCUUUCGUUUUGUAUGGUUUCCUCACCCUCUUUUUCGUUAUCCUAUGGCAAUUAAGGGGGAGUUCCCGGCCGAGAUCCUCGAAAUACAUCACUGCAACAGAGCUCGAGUAUAUCACCGGCCGUCGGGGGAUUAAAUGCCGUGCGAAGAGCGUCGUUUUGGACACUCCAUGGAGAAAUAUCCUUCUCUCGAAAUGCGUUUUUGCAAUUUGUGUGAACGCUUUCGCGCAAUCGUUUGUUCUCACCGAGGCUUUGAAAAUGGAUGUGGAUACGAACGGAAUCUGGUGUUCUGUACCGUUUUUCAUACAAAUGGUAACUAAAAUGUUGUUCGGUUUAUCGGCGGAUGCGACAAAGAAAAGAGGUGUCCCUGCGACAAGUGUCACAAAGGCUUUCAACGUUGUCGCAACAUUUGCCUCGGGUUCGUGCAUUAUGGUGGCUCCAAUAUUAGCCAAUGUUUCGCCAACUCUCUCAAUGUUGUCAAUCUGUUUGGCAAUGGGACUCUUCGGGGCAUUUGUACCCGGCUACAAUACAGCCAUUGUUUGUGUCGCACCGCAGUUCACCGCCACAAUCUCCUCCUAUCAACAACUUUAUUCACAAGUUGGCAGCUUUCUUGCACCAUUCCUCAUCGGAAUCCUCACAACAAGGCCAAUCUCUUCGAUUUGUUGGAGUCAU